AAAAAAUUGAAAUGGCAAAAAUGUCUUGUCAAACUACAAACAAAUGUCAAGUUUCAAACACAAUGGCAAAAAUUGAACUUCCGUUCCCACCAACAAUUACUGCAACUGAUAUUGUAAAUAGACGUAAACCUUCCAAAAUCAAGUCAAAAAGUCCAAACGCGUUUCUUAUAUAUCGUAAAGCAUUUUUAGAUCAGCUCUCUAACUCAAAACAUAAUCUUAAAAUGACCGAUGUCAGCAAACUAGUAUCUACAUACUGGAAAAACGAACCAGAAAAUGUUAAAGAAGAAUACAGAAAAAUUGCCGCACAAGUUGAAGUUGAAUUAAAUGAAAAACGUAAAAAGUCUGUUCCGUAUAGGGUUGUAUG